UAUUUAAACGCUCUCUUUGCUCCUGAAACCAUCAACCAAAUGAGACUGACUCUAUCAGUCUCCAUAUCCAAACACUUACUCAAAUUAAGCAUUUCUCCUAGCUUUAAUUGCUCAUGAUUUUCCUUCACUUCCUUUAGUUAUCCAUAUGAUUAAUGUUUUUAUAUAUAUAUAUUUUCUCUGCAAAUCCAUUUAAUCUUUGUUGUCAGCUUCCCAUUCCUUCUAUUCUUUUUUGGCCGGAAAAAGUUCUACUUCUGCCCAGACUAUUUCAACUUCCAACCUUUUUUUGAAUUGUGAGUUAAACAAAAACCAUGUCAGAGAGAACCAGUGAUGUCAACAUAGACAUUUCAGAUCAAUCGAAUGGAUCUUCAGGAUCCAACGAUGAUGCCUACAAAUUGAAAACGUUGAUCUUUAUUGAAUCAACUGUAUUUGUGUGCAUUAUGGGGCUGUUAAUCACUACCUUGACGGCGGAUAGAUUGCAGAAUUCCACGAUUUGGGAUUUUGAGAUGUGGAAAUGGUGUAUCUUAAUACUGGCUGUUCUCUGCGGUAGACUGAUUGGUUACCUGUUAACACUGGCUCUGGUUAAGUUGAUUUGGAAGAACUGUUCACGGAGGCAGUGGAAUGAGAGAGAACUUUACUUCGCAUAUGGAGUAAAGAAGAACAUCAUUGUUUUUAUAUGGCUGGCUUUGGUUUUCCUAGCUUGGGCUCUGCUGUUUAACAAUGGGGUUAAGCGAAGCAAAAAUGUGAAAAAGAUUGUAAAUGAUGUUACUAGAGGUCUUGCUGGUUGUCUCAUUGGAGUUGCUAUAUGGGCAGUCAAAAUGUUAGUUAAGCUUCUAGCUUCUUUCCAUGUGCAGACUUUGUUUCACAGGGUUAAGGAAGCAAACUACAAUCGUAAGAUCCUUGAAGCUUUUUCGAAAAAGAAAAAGGUCCAGCAAGACACAAGGAAAGAGUCGUUGAAUGCGUUCUGGGAUAAAAAGCUGCCUUCUCUCUUCCGUGAUUGCGACGUGAGUAAAGAGAUCAACGUAGAAGACGAGGAGGGAGCAAAAAAAGCCGCUGAUGAGAUUUUCAAGAAACUCGCGACGAGUUCUGCUGAUGAAAACAUACAGAGCGCAUGUGGAACAGAGGAAGGGAGGCAAGGCAUGGUGGUGGAAGGGAGGCAGAGCAUUGGCAACAUACCUGACCUAAGCCCCCAGUCUUCGCUACCAGUCACCUCCAGUCUCCAUCGCGAGUCGUCUCUGCCAACCACCUCCAGUUGCCGCCUCGCCAGCACCCGAGGUAAGUACAUGCCCUUGAAAGACCUACUGGACUGCAUAGAAAAAGAAGCGUGUCCCGAUUGUCAACUGGUAAAGAAAAAAAUGUGCAUCCAUUGCCAAGUGAUAAAGGAAACGCGUAAACAUUUCCGGGAGUUGGCAGAAGAUAUAUCCUUCAAGGAUUGGGUUGAACAAAUUUUAAAAUAUCAUCGCGGUGUUGUAGCAGAUGAUAAAGUUGCAGAGGAAGAUAAAAAACGGAUAAAGAAAUCUGUCUUCAGAAAUUGGGUGGUUAAAGUUUACAAGGACUAUGAAUCGGUGAAUCGCGCCUUGAAGUAUAGAAAAACAGCAGUUGACGAGUUGAACAAGCUUGCUUCUGUGGCGGUGCUUUUUGUAAUCAUUAUUGUGUGGUUACUUUUCAUGGAAUAUUUAAGCAUCAAAAUAGUUGUCUUCAUCACUUCUCAACUUUUACUUUUGGCUUUCAUGUUUGGUAACACUGCCAAGACUGUAUUUGAAGCCAUCAUAUUUGUGUUUGUGAUGCACCCAUUUGAAGUUGGCGAUCGUUGUCUAAUUGAUGACAAACAGAUGAUUGUUGAUGAUAUGGAAAUAUUAACUACAGCCUUCUUGGGAUCUGAUAAUGCAAGAAUAUGCUAUCCGAAUUCAGUUUUAGCUACCAAACCUAUCAGCAACUUCUACAGAAACCCGCCGCCAAUGUUAGAUUCACUGACAUUUGCUAUUCCUCGUGACACGGAAAUCGAACUGAUUAAAAAGCUGCAAUUUGUAAUAAAAAAGUACUUGGAGAGCAAUCCUAGACGCUGGCGACCUGACCACAGCUUGCAAUUCAAGGAGAUUAAGGAUGAUAAAAUGAAAGUGAUUCUCUAUUUCAAUCACACCUUAAACUUCCAUGAUGCUUCAAAAAGAGACAAAAGAAGAUCUGAUCUGGUGUUAGAUAUGAACACAAUUUUCGAAGUUCUUGGGAUUAAAGAUAAGGAUCUUUCGCCUCUGCAGUUUGACCUUAACUCUAUUGGGUCAAUGGCCUCAGCAUUUCCACCUCCUUUCAUGCCCUCAGAAUUUCCACCUCCCUUCAUGGCCUCAGAAUUUCCACCCCCUUUCAUGCCCUCAGCAUUUCCACCUCCUUUCAUGAGGACUGCCUUCUUUUGAAUUACCCUUCUGUCUCCUAUGGCGUUAGAAGCCUUCAGUUACUCGUCGAUUACUACCUUUUUUCUUUUUUUUUUAAUUUUCCCUGUCGCUUUAAAUGACUAUGUUAUGCCAUAAUGGUUUGGAAUAUUAUGUUUUUUUUUUUUGAGAACAGGAAUAUUAUGUUUAUCUAUAGAAAAUUGCUAAAAAUUUGAGUGUAAAGUUGAGCAUGGAGUGAACUGGCAGCAUUUUUGUCAAAGUUUUCACUACAAUUAAGAGCUUCUUAAUUGGUU